AUGAAUAGUUGUAGAACUGGUUUGUGGAUUAUGCGUAGAUUUGUUUGUUCCAAUGCUAGUUUUAAAGAUGUUAAGAAGGAAACAUUGAGGAAGUAUGAGAGGUUUGAAUUGCGUACAGGUUGUACUGCUUUUAUUCAGUUUUCUAUUACCAAGGAUGGUGUUUGGACUGUGGUGAGGCAUAACAUGACUCAAAAUCAUCAUAUGAUUCCAGCUGACAAAAGAUACUUGCUUAGGUCUCAAAGAGACAUUACAGAGGAGCAGCUCAAGUAUCUUAGUGCAAUGAAAGCCAGUGGUUGUAGAGUGCCUGAUCUGCUUCGUGCAAUGAGAAAAGAGGUUGGAGGAUCUCCUAAUUUAGGGUUUAUUACUGCUGAUGCAUACAACGCUUUGGCUGCUGAAAAGGCAAUGAAACUUGAUGGUAAAGACUAUAAUCAAUUAAAUAGGUACUUUGCUCAAAGACAAUCUUCUGAGAAAGAUUUUUAUUACAAUUUUGAGUUAGAUGAACAUGGAUAUCUAAUUAGUUUAUUUUAG